AUGAGCUCUGAAGGUAGAGGUCGCCUUGCUGGCAAGAACGCCGUCAUCACUGGUGCUGCUGGUGGCAUUGGUCUCGAGACCUCCAUUCUCUUUGCUCGCGAGGGUGCAUCUGUCCUGAUGUGCGAUAUCUCAGCACCUGCUCUUGAGAAGGCUCUCGCCAAGGUCAAGGAGAUUGUCUCUAACGCUGCCGGCAAGAUCGAGACCACCAUCUGCGAUGUGAGCAAGGAGGCUGAUGUUGCUGCAACUGUCGAGAAGCUGGAUCCCUGGGGUGGUCUUGACAUCAUGUUCAACAACGCUGGUAUCAUGCACGCCGACGAUGCAGGUAAGUUUUUGUCGAAGUCUCCAGCAAACCGCUUAAAACUCACACAUUCACANGAUGCCAUUGAUACUCCCGAGAAGAUUUGGGAUCUUACUCACAACAUCAACGUCAAGGGUGUCUGGUUUGGCUCAAAGCACGCAGUGCAGGCACUGCGUAAGCACAACAAGACCAAGGGCUCCAUCAUCAACACUGCUUCUGUGGUCGCGCUGGUGGGAGCAGCAACACCUCAGCUGGCAUACACAGCCAGCAAGGGUGCUGUUCUCGCAAUGACUCGUGAGCUCGCUAUUGUGCACGCACGCGAAGGCUUCAGAUUCAACGCUUUGUGCCCUGCUCCUCUUAACACUNNCCCCCUGUUGCAGGACUGGCUGGGUGAUGACAAGGCCAAGCGCCAGCGCCGUGAGAUUCACUUCCCUACUGGACGUUUCGGUGAGGCUAUUGAGCAGGCCCACGCCGUUGUCUUCUUGGCCAGUGAUGAGAGCAGCUUCGUUAACGGAACCGACUUCGUCGUUGAUGGCGGUAUGACCAAGGUAUGUUGCAUUGGACGUCCAGGAUACAUGUUGGUGCAGUGGCUGAUUCUUGAUAGNGCAUACGUCACUCCUGAAGGUCCUCCGGCUCCUGCUCCUACUAACCUCGCAAAGUAG